ACGAUUGUUGCUGCGUUGACAACAGAGGUCAACUUCAAAAUGGCUGCGCACAGCUUGUUGAGGUCCAUCUGUCUUUCUGCCGGUGGAUUUCGGUCAGUCACUGCAAGUUACAACCGGCAGAUUUUUCAGAAAGUCGCUAAAGCACCGACAUGGCCUGUGCUUGGAACUACUCAAAUCAGGGGGAUAAGGGAGGUUGUGGAGAACAAAGAUGGCAAGAUAACAACCAUUGAAGGGAAAUUAGUAGGUGUUAAAUCAGAGCUUGAACCCCCAAAUCCCUCUGGACAGUGCCCAAUCUGCAGGUGGAAUCUGAAACACAAGUAUAAUUACACUGAUGUGUUGCUGCUUAGCCAGUUUAUCAGGUCUGAUGGAGGGAUGCUGCCUCGCCGUGUUACAGGGCUUUGCAAUGAGGAGCACAGGAAGAUUGAAAUCUGUGUGAAAAUGUCUCACCGAGCUGGCCUGCUGCCAGACCACAAGCCAGCGUUGCCAGAAGGUCAUGUUGCAAAGAAACAAAAACCCCAGCUAAACAGAUAUUUAACUCGCUGGUCUAUUGACUCUGUGAAGCCUAUUUGGAAGAAGGGCCUAAAGUGGUGUAAGGUGCGAAUGCCAGUAGGACAUUACAGACUGCAAGACAACAUUAAAUAUGGGAAGAAGCAUUCCUAUUUAAAACACUGAGCCAUAUGAAAUGAGGUUUGAGGAGUUGAGUCCUUAUGAGAUGAUCCACUUUAUAUAUUUAGAAAUGACACGUGUAUAUGGUGGGAAGUAAAUGUUCUAUGAUAUAUGGUGUGAAACUUUUCUUUGACUUAAGCUUGAAAUCUUGUAAAGUCUUUAUUAUAUCGAGUCUACAGAAAUUAUAAAGCGGUUAACAAAACAUGUUGUGAAAUGUUUAAUGUCCAGACAGUAAUCUAUUUGGAAACUUGUGUUUAAAAAUAGUUUGGUUUAUUGUUAAAAUAUUUUCACUUUAAAAUAUCAAUCAAAAGUAGGCAGUUUAACUUUUUCUGUUAUUAUUAUUGUACACAUUUUCCAUAUGGGGCUCAUUUGAAUAAAUAAAAACACUCAGUGGCUG